AUGCAAGGAUUUGAUUUAACAACACUGUCAUUACCUUAUCAAACAUUUAAUGUUUCUGAAAAUUUUGGAUUUGGAUUGACUAGUAAUGAUGAAUUUUUAUUAAUCGAUCAAAAUUCUGAUUUAAGUUUAUUUGAUAAAGAUUUGACAAUGGUUCGACAAUCUACAUGGAACUAUGGCAUUAUUCGUGAUUUAUGUUGGUCAUCAGGGUUAGCUUGUUUUAUUAUAAUUACAGAGAAGAGUAAAGCAUUUUUAGUUAACGGAAAUAAUUUAUCAAUUAAUUGUAUUGAAGCAAUGGAAAAUCAUUUAUGGUUAUCAUGUACUUGUUCGAAUUCAUUUUUAUAUCUAACAUCACUUAGCAAUGGUAUUGUUGAAUUCUCUCUUUUGCCAUCAUUUUCUUAUGCGAGACGAUGGGAUCCUCCAAUAACUUGUCAAAAAAAAGAAUUUACCAAAGAUAUUACUUGUAAUGAGGACAAAAUUACUCUAAUAGUUGCACUUUUUUCUGAUAAAAUAGUACAUUUAGCAGUUCGAUCAUUAGCAACAUUUGAUCAAUGA